AUGGAUUCUCAAGAUAGCAGAGAGCAUCUUCCUGAUGGAUAUGUACUCAUCGCAGGAGGCGAUCCUGUUGGACUUCUCCUCGCACUGGUGCUUGCCCAUCAUGGCCAGCCUAGCGUGCUCGUUGAACAGAACAUGGAAGCAACCCGUUACCCAAAGAUGCAUCUGGUCAUCGCUCGCAGCAUGGAGAUUUUCAAGCGCCUGGGCCUGGCAGAGGAACUCAGAUCACUAGCCACGACUAGGCNNGUUUCUCAAGAAGAACCUUUCGCGGUUCGUUUCUCGAGCGGUCUAAACUCUGAGCAAACCAUCAGUUCAUGGGACCUCCCCAGUGCCGCCAGUUUUCAGGAGAAAAUCAAGUCUCAUAACGAUGGAACUAUGCCGCGCGAAGGAUGGCAACGCAUUCCGAGUAACAUCAUGGAGCCAUGGCUCCGCAAAAGUGUGACCNAAAAUGCUCUGAUAGACACCCGAUAUGGGUGGAAAGUCCAGGAAAUCUUGGAGCAUAAAGAUGCAGUCGAUGUCACGGCGGUUCUGACGGACCUGAACCAGUCCAGAUCGCUGCGUUGUUCCUUUGCAGUCGGAUGUGACGGUGCUUGGAGUCCCAUAAGGAAAAGUCUGGGGAUUGAGAUGGAAGGAGGACCAAUGCAUCGUGCCGUUGCAUUCGUACAUUUCAGGUCGAACGACUUGAAGAACCUCCAUCGUCAGGGGAAAUUCUGGCAUACUUUCUUCCCUACAGACCCAACCACGCACAAUGGUUCGGUCGGUGGUGCCAUCAUCGCCCAAGACGGAAAAGAGACUUGGACAGUACACGACUAUCUGGGCUCGGACUACAACCCGGACGAGAUCACUGCCGAGAAGACAAUUGCCCGUGUGCUUGGAGGUAUAGGCAAACCAUUUCCAAUCGCAAUUGAUGAGGUAUUCGCAACGUCAAUCUUUACGCCCACCGUCGCUCUUGCCAAAUCCUGGAGCGGACCUCAUCGCCGUGUAUUCCUUGCGGGAGACGCUUGCCAUCAGACCAUCCCCUCGGGUGGCUAUGGCAUGAAUAUGGGCUUGGCUGACGCAUGGGAUCUUGGGUGGAAGCUUGCCGCUACGUGUCAGGGAUGGGGUGGACGUCGCUUGCUAGACUCAUACGAAGUCAAGCGACGGCCUGUAGCAGCACUCAUGCAACACUGGAGUAAGAUCCACAUGAUGAAAUUAACGGGACUCGCCAGCGCCGUCAAGCUAGAUGCAAAGAUCAUCGACGUCCCUGAUGAGCGUGGGGCAUCGCUCCGGCGCGAGAUUGACAAAUAUGUUCAGCUUCAUGACGACCACAACCAAAGCUUUGGAGUCGAGAUGGGACAUCGCUACGAGUCAGAUCUCAACUUCUAUUCCACUCAGGAGGACUUCGAUCACCCGCGUCCAGAGUUCAACUCCCGGAACUACACUCCAAGCACAUAUCCAGGUUACCGGGCUCCUCAUGUGUUCUUGUCUGAUGGGAAGGCUCUCUGCNGAGUAUUUGGCACAGGCUUCACGCUAAUCGCCUUCGCGAACAACGAUGCCGAAGUGGAUGACGUUCAAAAGGUGUUUUCCAGCUUCGAGUGGGCAGCCAAGACCUGCGGGACACCCCUGCAAACAAGAUGUCUGAUGAACGAAGUACAUGCUUCGAAUAUCUGGGGCUCAUCCCUAGUACUUGUCCGUCCAGAUGAUUUUGUGGUUUGGCGGACAAACAGAAUGAAGAUCGAUGUGGCGAGAGCCGCGCGGGUGUUGUUACAUGUGACUGGACAUGAGACUUCAAAUGAGUAUUAG